GAUUUUGAUCGAUCCCGUGCAUUUAUUUUUUUAAACGAAAUUAAGAAAAAAUUCCAAAUUUCAUAUGGUUCAAGAGCUUUGACAGCAUUGCCCUAUGCUAUGAAUAGUGAAUUCUCAAGAGUGUUAGCAUCUCAGAUGAAAUAUUUCUCAGAAAGUCGUGAUGUAGAUAAGCUUACAAAAGUGCAAGGAGAAAUAGAUGAACUGAAAGAAAUUAUGGUUCAAAACAUUGACUCGGUUGCAAAUAGAGGAGAAAAAUUGGAAUUGCUUGUGGAUAAAACUGAAAAUUUAACAUCAGCUUCUGUUACUUUUAGGAAAACAAGCAGGAAUUUGGCUCGCUCAAUGUGUAUAAAAAAUGUGAAAAUAACUGUGAUUACAAUACUUGUAAUGAUAGUAAUACUUUAUAUCAUAGUUUCUGCCUCAUGUGGAGGUUUAGCCUGGCCAAGCUGUGUUUAAUGUUAGUUUCAAUCUUGUAAUAUUAUAUACUGAAUAAGAUGUUAUACUGCUGAAGAAAUCUGAAAUUUUUAAAAAUAUUAAAUUGCUUUUUAAGAAAAUCAAUGUAAAUACAGUUCUGUGUUUGUCAAGAUGUUUGCUUGUAAAAAAAACUAUUUAAAUCUCCAUUUAAAAGUGAAAUAUAUAUAAGUUUAAAUUCAUUAUCUCUGCAAUUAUGUAUAUGAUACAGAAGUUUCAUAAUGCUAUUUUUAUAGUUUUGUGUUGAGAGUAAUAAUGUAUAUAUCUAUAUAUAUAUCUUGAACUGUCAUUUUUACUUCUAUCAUAUACUAACACUUGGUUACCAUAAGCCUGCAUUUUUUUUUUUGGCUCACUUUUAUGAGCAGUAGCAUAAAAGAAUAAUCUGGCAUAUAAAAUGAAGUAAAAUAUAUUCUCUUCUGUAUUUAAGAAAACUUCCAUUUCAACAUAACAGAGCUAAAGAAAUUAUUCAAUGUUUUCAUUUAAUAUAUAAAAUAAGUGUAUGUUUAUUAUAUUCAACUUUUAAUAAUCCUUACAAAUCCUGAGUUAAAAUGAUUCUCAUUCCAAGUAACUUUUUAAUUGUGUAAAUAAAAUCAUGUAUAUUAUGUAAUAAAAUUUUUUUAAUAAAAA